AUGUUCAUCGGCAGGGGGGUCCAGCCCGAGCAGAAAGAAGACUUCAAGGCGAGCAAGGUUUCCUCAUCUUCAUCUGGCCCCAUGCGGAAGGUGCCAUCCACGGCCAAAGAGGUUCAGUCUGAGAAAAAGGUCUCUAGUUGGAGAAGUGCUCCAAGUGCCGAAGUCUGGCGCCCUGAGAGCCGUAUGGAGGUGGAUAGCAAAAAGAGAGUCGUGCCAACGCCAUCAAAAAAAGAUGUCAAGGGCGAGCACGAGACAACGCAAGAAGUCAAGGUGUGGAAACCCGUUGAAACUCCAAAAGAAGAAGAAAAGGCAAAAACGGCCGAACCAAAACAAGAGGCCAAGGUAUGGAGACCUGUUGAAACUCCAAAGGAAGAAGUCAAGGCAAAAACGGCCGAACCAAAACAAGAGGCCAAGGUAUGGAGACCUGUUGAAACUCUAAAAGAAGAAGUCAAGGCAAAAACGGCCGAACCAAAACAAGAGGCUAAGGCGAAACAGGAGGCAAAGGUAUGGAAAGUUGUACAAGCCCCCGAAGAAGUAAGGCCGGUAAAGCCCAAGGAGGUGCCUCAGUCAAAGCAAGAAGUCAAGGUAUGGAGAGCAGUUGGAGAAAAAGACCCUCCGAAAGAGACUCAGAAAUGGGAAGAGAAGAAACAUGAAAAGAAAUUGGGCAAGGACAGCUGGAUCGAAAGCUGGAAGGACCCUGAGACGGCUCUGGCAGACUCGGCCAUCAAGGAAAUUACUGCGCAAGUCAUGGUGCCUGAAAACAAAGGCUUCGUUUGGGUUGACGAGUGGCAGGAGCGUUUCAGCUCUACAUUUGGCACUGUCAGGGAGUUUCUGGAAUCACGGCCGGACAAAUUUCUAGUCACCCCCACCACCGGAAGGGGGUAUCGCGUGGCAUUGGUGAAGCAUGAGGGACCUUUAAAGUGGAAACCGCGAAAACACAGUUGAUCCGUGGAGCAAGCUCCAGGAGUGUGACACAUGGUACUGG